AUGGCGUCACACGACUCGGAAGCAUUGAUUAUGCACAAUUCUCACAUCGAUUCAGGUCAGAGGACAAGUGGUGACCUCCGUUUGGAUGAUACCUUUUUAGAAGUCGAAGGUACCACAACCACGUAUUAUCAUGAUGAUCUUCCAACACACAGUAAUCGAGUGAACAAUCAUAAUUCCAAUCAUUUGAAGAAAUUCUCAAGCACUCCGAUGAAACAAUUCAUGACCUAUUUAUUCAUUGGAUUUUCUACUUUAAUUGUUCUUGCUUUAUUGAGUGCUUUGAUCAUUAUUGUGAUUUAUAAUGUGGCAAAUCCAAUGAAACCACCCAUUCAUGAAACUCCUCUCAAUUCUACAGUGAUUCUUGUAUCCAUUGAUGGAUUCCGAGCACAAUAUUUGACACAAUGUAUGGCACAACAGUAUUGUGAAAAUUUGAAAUUAUUAGUGCAGAGUGGAGCGACAAGCUCGAAAGGAUUUCAACCCGUGUUUCCGUCCAAGACGUUUCCAAAUCAUUAUUCGAUCGUGACAGGAUUGUAUGCAGAGUCACACGGAAUUGUUUCAAAUUCCUUCUACGAUCCUUCUUUCAAUGCAGUUUUCAAAUUAGGAAGCGAUGAAUCUCUCAAACCCAGAUGGUGGUUAGGAGAACCCAUAUGGAACACUGCAGAAAAACAACGAGUCAUUUCUGGGUCGUUCUUUUGGCCUGGAUCCGAUGUGGCCAUUCAGGGACGAUAUCCUACUUAUUAUAAAGUAUAUGACGGAUCUGUUCCAUAUUCGACAAGAAUUCACACAUUAUUGAAAUGGUUGGAUGAGAAGGAAAAGGUUCCACAAUUGUUAUUAACCUACUUUGAUGGAGUGGAUUCGAAUGGACAUUCAUAUGGACCCAAUUCGAAUAAUGUGAUUAAUGCCAUUCGUGAAGUCGAUGAAAGUAUUGGAUUAUUAAUGACUGGUCUCGAACAACGAAAUAUUUCACAACAAGUCAAUCUCCUCAUUGUGAGUGAUCAUGGUAUGGCAGAAACGCCCUCUUCGAAAAUUAUUCGAGUUUCUGACAUUUUAGGACGAGACAUUGUGGAUGGAUCGAAAGUGAAGAAUUUCAAUAAUGGACCAUUUUUUGAUUUUUAUUUUCAAGACGAGUCACAAAUUGAUAUUAUUUAUGGAGAGUUGACGGCUUCGAUUGUGAAUAGUGCCACAUUUUCAGAGGGAAUUCAAGGAGUGUAUACAAGGAAAAAUAUGCCUGCACGGUUUCAUUAUACCAAUUCGAAUCGAAUUGCUGAUAUUGUUAUUUUAGGCAAAGUUGGAUAUUCUAUUUUGAGAUCUUCAACGAGUUCCUUGUAUGGAAAUGGAAAUCAUGGCUAUGACAAUGAAGCACAAGAUAUGAUGGGUCUAUUCAUUGCCAAAGGUCCACUUUUUAAAUCUGGCUUUACCUCUCCAGAUGUGAUUCACAAUAUUGACGUGUAUCCUUUAGUAUGUGAAAUUUUGAAGAUUAAACCAGCACCCAACAAUGGAACUCUCUCAACCAUUUCACAAUUUUUAAAGCAAAUACCAAAGAAAUAA